GCCGUUUUGAUCGGUUUGAUCGGCCGUUUUGAGAACGCCGAUCAAAACCGAUAAUGGCAAUAUCGGCCGAUAUGGAUCGGCGCCGAUCAGAUCGGUGCAUCCCUAGUUUUUAGUUUUCGUCGGAAAGUUUUAGAGACUCUCUGCUUUCCUGAUGUCAGUGGGGAGCUCGUUCCACCAAUGAGGAGCCAAGACAGCAACCAGUUGAGACUUUUUCGAGUAAUUAGCUCGAAGUGACAGUCACGAGUCGAUUGGUUGUUGUGAACGUGUUGGGGUGUGAGGCUUGACCAAGUCCUGGAUGUAGACGGGGCCCGAUCCGUUCGCAACUCGGUACACAAGUACCAAUGUUUUGAAGUGGAUACGGGAAGCCACUGGUAACCAGUGAAGGGAGGCGAGUAGUGUGGGUGAAUUUAGGUUAAAUACCAGUCGAGCUGCUGCAUUCUGGAUGAGCUGCAGAGGUCGGAUGGCACUAGCAGGUAGACCUGCCAGGAGGGAGUUAGUAGUCCAGGGGUGAGAUGAUCAGAACCUGGACCAGAACCUGUGCCUCCUUCUGAGUGAGAAGAGGUUGAUUCUCCUGAUGUUGAGCAGCAUGGACCUACAGGAACGUGUUGCAGGUGUAAUGUCGGCAGUCAGGGAGAGUUGACUGUCGAGUGUCACACCAGGUUCCUGCAGUCGAGGUCGGUGUCAACAGAGAUAUUGAAGGUAAUAGUCAGGCUGUGGGUGGGAGAGUCUUUACCUGGAAGGAGAAGUAGUUCAGUCUUGUCAGGGAUAAUUUUCAGGUGGUGUCUGGAUCUCCACUGAGACGCCCACAGUUUGGUGUCAUCAGCAUAGCUAUGGUAGGAAACGCCAGAGCUGAGAGAGUUGGAGUACAGAGAGAAGAGGAGGGGAUCCAGGAUGGAGCCCUGAGGUACCCCACUAGUGAGAGGACAAGGUUCAGACACAACUCCUCUCCAGGUUACCUGGUGAGUGCGGUCGUUGAGGUAGGAUGAGAAGAGGGAGAGAGCAGAACCUGAGAUACCAGGUCCUGAAGGGAGGACAUGAGGAUCUGGUGGUCCACUGUGUCAAAUGCAGCAGAAAGGUCUAGAAGGAUAAGGACAGAGGAGAGAGAGGCUGCUCUAGCAGUGUGAAGGUGCUCAGAGACAACGAGGAGGGCAGUCUCUGUUGAGAGGCCGGCCUUGAAACCAGAAAUUAGUUACCCAUUUCAACAAAUAAUUGAAUUCUAUUUUGAAACAAAUGUUCUUCUUUUCUUCCUCAAUGUGUGUAGAUAUGGCUUCUGCAAACUUUCUGCUGUCUGAAGAUCAGUUCCUGUGCUCCGUCUGUCUGGAUGUGUUCACUGAUCCAGUCACAACACCAUGUGGACACAACUUCUGCAAAAAGUGCAUCACUGAACACUGGAAUGUGAGUGACAGGUGCCAGUGUCCCAUGUGCCAAGAGGUUUUCACCACCAGACCAGAUCUGAGGGUCAACACCUUCAUGUCUGAGGUGGUUUCUCAGUUCAGACAGUCGACUCAGCAGAAAGCCAGCAGCAGCAGCUCAGAGCAACAAGAGUCCAGACCAGGAGAAGUUCCCUGUGACGUCUGCACUGGAACCAAACUGAAGGCCCUGAAGUCCUGCCUGGUGUGUCUGGUCUCCUUCUGUGAGACUCACCUGGAGCCUCACCUGACAGUUUCACGUCUGAAGAGACAUCAGCUGAUGGACCCUGUGGAGAACCUGGAAGACAGGAUGUGUCUGAAGCACGAUAAACCUCUGGAGCUGUUCUGUAGGACCGACCAGACGUGUGUCUGCAUGCUCUGCACUGUGUUGGACCACAAGAUGCACAAUGUUGUUCCUCUGAAACAAGAAUGUGAAGGAAAGAAGGUCGAGCUGCAGAAGACAGAGGCUGAAACUCAGGAGAUGAUCCAGAAGAGACGACUGAAGAUUCAGGAGGUCCAACACAACGUGAAGCUCAGUGAGGAAGAUGCAGACCGAGAGAAAGCAGAAGGUGUUCAGGUCUUCACUGGUCUGAAGGAGUCUGUGGAGAGGAAACUGAAGGAGCUCAUCACUACGAUAGAAGAGAAGCAGAGAAGCACCAAGAAACAGGCUGAAGACGCCAUCAGAGAGAUGGAACAGGAGAUCUCUGAUCUGAUGAAGAGGAGCACUGAGGUGGAGAAGCUCUCCCUCUCUGAAGACCACCUCCACCUCCUCCAGAGUGUCCAGUCCCUCAACAUCCACCAUCCACCACCCACCAAGGACUGGUCUCAGGUCAGUGUUCCUCCAGCAUCACAUGAGGGGACUGUGAGGAGAGCUGUGUCUCAGCUGGAGGAGACGCUCAGUAACAUGAUGAAGACGCUGGUUGCUGAAGUUGAGAUGAAGAGGGUCCAGAAGUUUGCAGUGGACGUGACUCUUGAUCCUGAAACAGCUCAUCAUCAACUCAUCCUGUUUGAUGACAGGAAACAAGUAAAACCUGCUCAGGUACAGCAGCCACGUCUCCCCGACAAUCCACAGAGGUUCUCUUCUUGUUUCUGUGUUUUAGGAACACAGAGUUUCUCUUCAGAAAAACUUUAUUACGAGGUUCAAGUUAAACGAAAGUCUGACUGGACUUUAGGAGUGGCCAGAGAGUCGGCCAACAGGAAUGGACUCAUCUCACUGAGUCCUGAGAACGGUUAUUGGACUAUAUAUUUGAGAAAUGGAAAUGAGUACGGAGCUGCUGCUGGUCCUCUAGUUGUUCUCUCCCUGAAGUCUGGGCCUCAGAAGGUGGGGGUGUUUGUGGACUAUGAGGAGGGUCUGGUCUCCUUCUAUGACGUAGAAGCUGCAGCUCUCAUCUACUCCUUUACUGGCUGCUCCUUCAAGGAGAAACUCCUCCCAUUCUUCGGUCCUGGUCUUUAUCUUGGUGGUAUAAACUCUGCUCCUCUGAUCAUCUCUCCUGUUGGAGUAAACUAAUCACUUCUCUCACUCCCUUCAAUGGAAAAUACUCACAGCCUCAACCCUGUGUGGUCUACACCUCAUCUUCAACACUUCAUCUUCUACAUCUCGUCUUCAACACUUCAUCUUCUAACUGUAGGAAUGCACAGAUACAAAAAUAUAUUGAUUACUAUUUUAUUUGUUCUAUCUGAUGGGCAGCUGCAGAAACAUAUUGCUGAAUAUUGCAUUGUGUCAUAAAGCUCAGCCAUAAAGAGUCAUAAUUAUGUUAUGUUUAUAGUGUCUCCAGAAUAAAGUUUGUGUCAUUGUCAUACUGGACAUGAAAAGUUGAUCAAAGUAGAAAAGAUGUCAACGGCGUUUUAUACUUGGUUUAGAAAAGGGGUUUGAUUGAUUAAUGGUUACUUUGGCCAUUUCUGUUUUGUUUUGUGGAAACCGGUGAGUUGGCUCACGAGUGAAAGAAAUCUGUAAUAAAUAUAUGAUUGUGGAAUAAAAAGCACAAAAUAAAAGUAAUUGUUCUGCAAUUCCUGUGACUGCUGCUUCACAAUAAAAGCUUCUUAUUUAAGA